UGCUUAGAGUGACUGCUGGCCUGAGGCAGCACACAAGCAGUAUAAAAGUGGGCCCAUCCCCUCUCUCUCUCAUCCACUUCUCUUGCCUCCAUCUCCCUGGGGACGAGGUGCCUCUCCAGACACAAGACAUGUCCUGCUACGACCAGUGCCUGCCGCGCCUGCCCUGCCAGCCCUGCGGCCCGACCCCGCUGGCCAACAGCUGCAACGAGCCCUGCGUCAGGCAGUGCCAGGACUCCAAUGUCUUCAUCCAGCCCUCUCCCGUGGUGGUGACCCUGCCCGGACCCAUCCUCAGCUCCUUCCCGCAGAACACCGCCGUGGGAUCCUCCACCUCCGCUGCCGUUGGCAGCAUCCUCAGCUCUGAGGGUGUGCCCAUCUCCUCUGGAGGCUUUGGCCUCUCUGGGCUUGGCAGCCGCUACGGUGGCAGGCGGUGCUUCCCCUGCUAAAGCUGCUGGCGGCGGCCCUGGAGAAAGACCACCCGGGACCCAGAAGGUAUUGACAGACCUGCAGUGGAGCAUCGGGAUCUUGUUUUCAUAGGAUCCAAGCUACGCCAAUACCUCUUGCAAAUGAACAGCUCCAACAUGGACUCUCAGGAAGCAUUGUCCAUGUCUGCCUUUCCCCCCUUCCGCUCUUUCCCUUUCCUCCCGAUGCCUAGUUUUUCACCUAUGCCCCGCUGGUCUCUCAAGCCCAGGAAUCCAGCCUGGGGAGGACAUGCUGGCCCUUCUCCCGCUGUGGAAAAGGCAGAUGGACAGCUGGUGGGACGUCCACCAUGGCCACACAGGGCCGACUCUGUCCCUGGUUAUUCCUGCACGUUGGCCACCCCUUGGAGCAAUUUUCUUCUCCUCUUUUGACUCAAUAAAAUUGUGCUGCAUCUCA